GAUCGAUUUCCAGCAUCAUUAAAUCAAUUCUUUAUAAUAUUUCAAAAAUUAAAAGAACGAUCUUUAGAUGUAAUAAACUUAGAUCGAAUUGAAUUUGAUGAUCCAAGCUUUUUAUUAUAUCUCUUUAAGGGAGAAUAUGCGAUAAUAAAUCCAUUGGAAACAAAGGUAAAAUAUGUUGGAUCAGAUUUGGCAAUAAAUUCAGUUAUUUUGAUUAUCAAAGAACCAUUAUCUGGGAUUUUUGGAUUUAUUCAUUUAGGACAGGAAUUUGAUAUAGAAGAAUGCAUAUCCGAAGUUGUUAUUAAGAUUAUAACAAUGGCCCAGAAACUUAGACUGGCCAUGAUGGAGCCUAUUUUGGAAAUUUCAAUAUUUGGAGAUGUAAAUAAUGCUGAUGAUGAGAGAAAAACAUUUUCUGCAGUUGAGAAUAGCUUAGAUGAUGAUCAAGUCACUGUUGAUAUCAAAAAAAACUAUGAAUUGAAUAAUGAAACCUCAUCUCUAUUGCUGAUCAAUGAAUCUGAAGCUCUAACCAUGCGAUUGCUACAAGAAUUUUACACAUCCAAAAUUAUUUUUGAGCUUUCUGUUUUGUGUGGUGGCAAGAUUAACACAGAAAUACUCCAACUACCUCAUGUAGAAGAUAGGAAGCCGAAAAAGGUAAAUGAAAGCUACAAAGUAUUUUCUUCUGAUAAUAAUAUAGGCAAUGAUAAUCUUUAUCAACAUAUUAACCAAAAAAUCAAUAAUAGUUGCGAUAAAAAAUAUAGUAGGACCAAUUCUUUAUCAGCUAUGAUAUCAAAAUUCUAUAAUAACAAAAUAAGUUUCAAGAGGGCCUCACUAGCGGAAAAUUCUAUGGUUAAAAAUAUCAAAAGUCGGUUCAGUAAAUUAAGCCUGGGAUAUGAUAAAGGUAAUUUUGCCGGAGCCAAUAGACGUAGAUCUUCCAGCAUAAUUAAGUUAGUCGGCCAAUUUUUGUCAUCCAAAUUUGGGCACUCCAACAGGAGAAUAUUCCACGCUCCAAAAAUUUCUGCGCUCGCAUACGAAAUCGCAUCUGCUUCAUAUUUCCCCGUUUCGAGAUUCAUUGUUCCCAAAGUAACCAGUGAUAACGAUUAUGUUAAUAUAGACGAAGUAGAAUACAAUAUGGCCAUGAUAGCUCCCAAUUGGGUCGCCCGUUUCGCCCGUACUUGUAUUCCCAUGCUCAUAGGUCCUACUAGUCAAUCCUAUAGCCAACCAUCUUUUUAUUCUUCUCAAUCUUUUUAUAACUCUUACGAAUUUUCUCAACCUUUCAUUGUUCCUACGUUCAAAAUUCAAGAUGUUUAUGAUAAUUUUAAUUACCAACGCCGAUAUUCGGAUCCCCUUGAUACUUGUAUUUCAUCAUCCUAUCUUACGCUCUCUUUCGGUUCUACUAGACAGCUAUUGAAUGCCAUAUUUCUCAACAACCAUGAAAAGAAAAGGCCUGAUUGGCAGAAGAUCAUCAUAUCAAAUGAUCUUCAAGAAUCUGACAACUAUCUUAAAACGCAAUUAAACAUAGAAAUUGAAAUUCAGGGCGCUUGCAAAAGACUUAACCAACUUCUCAACCUAACAACUUCUAAAAAUAAUUUUAAUUUGAAUGAAAAUUCCCCAUAUAACUUACUUCUCGAAGCUUAUAUAUAUCCUGAUUCAGAUCUCGCUUUCGAUAAAGAAUUUACCCAAAACAAUUAUUUGCCAAAGAAUUUUUCAAAUAAAAUGGAAACAUUCCCAGGUGAGUUCCAAACCGAAGGUAAAAAUGAAGCUGAAACCGAUAACGGAAAAAUAUUUUCGUGCGCUUUGGAGUUUGUAAGACGAUCGGAGAACGGUUUAUUAGGCCAAAGGCUUGGCCAGGAGAUUGCCGCUGCACUUAAAUACCUCAAAUUUGACCUAAGUUCCCCUGCUAGAAGUCCCAUCAAUCUCAAGAAUAUUGCGAAUGGCCUCCAAAACACAGAAGAUUCUUGCAAUAAUAUAUCUGAGGAAGGGAUACAUAUCAAAGAUUAUAAGCCUUAUACUGUUUGUUACGAUUUAGACGCACUCGGUCGGUGGAAUAUUGUUAUAGAUCCGUGCAUUACCAUUUUAUAAAUAAUUUUAUACAUAUAUAACUUGUUUUGAUGUUAAUUUUACCAAAGACUAUGUAAUAUAUCUUUAUAAUUUUUAACCAUCACUUAUAUUUUAAAUCUACCUCAAAAAUCUAUCAUUUAAUUAUAGAAUUUUUUUUAUCUCGAUGAUCCAUGUUAAUGGAAUAUAUAAAUAUAUUUAAUAUAGAAAACGUUCAAUAUACUUUCAUACUCCGAGGACAAUUAUACCUUUUUAUGUAAAUUAUAUUUAUUUAGUAUAAUUAUUAUUCUAUAAAUUUGUGCAAUUUUUUAACGUAAAUUAAUAAUUCGCCGGAACAACUAAUAAAUUCUUAAAAUGCAAUGCAAUUUAUCUCACUCAGGUUUAUAUAUGAUAUAUUGAAAUUAGAAUUUUUAGCUCUAUCAUUAUAUAUGUUUUAUAGUAUAUAUGUUAGCAGCAAUGUGUUGUUUUUUUAACUAUCCUUUUUUGAGCCCGUUUUUUUAACUUAAAAAUCUGAUUUACCGGAAAUGUAUUCCAUCAUGUUUGGAAUAGCUACCAUAUGAAUUUCAGGCAAUUUUGACAUGAAUUUUGAACAUAUAAUUUAUAUUAGUUUUUCCAUAGAUAUUCUUUAUAAAUUAUAAAUGACUCGAAGGUUAACGGCAAAAUUGUUUAUAUAAUUUAUAAGAUAGGUAUUCUAAACAUGCUAUAAUACAUUUCAAAUCAGAUUUUUAAGUUCAAAAAGAACGCGCUCAAAAAAGGAUUUAAAGUUAAGAAAAAUAAAACAUUGUCGCUAACAUAUAAUCGAUUUUAACUUUUUUUAAUCCUACACAAAUUUUAUUUUAAAGAUGGAGAAAUAAAAAAAUUAUAUAUUUCAAGAAAAUUUCUGAGUCGAGGACCCUUACCGCAUCAAAUAAUUGAAUUUCCUGUUCCUUUAUUAUUAAUUGUAUUUAAUAUGUUUUUAAUUUUAUACGUUAAUUUUUUAUUCAAUCUAAAUUUUAA